UGAUACGGCGUUACGGGUAUAUCAUAAGAGGGUAACGCUUGGAAGAGAGAUAGGGCGGUGUAGAAGGGCGGACUAGCCCCCAAUCCAUAGGUUCAAUCGGCAUUCCUUUCUCUUCGGUCGACCAUCUAAACGAAGUCACCUACCACCUCUGCCCCCGCUAGCGGGAAUCAUGAGUAGGCUUUUGGCCCAGUCAGUUAAUAUUCCCGGGCUGGUUGCUUGGCAAAGGCAUGGGCAACAUAAGGCAUCAGGGAGAUUAAGAAGAUCAGUAAAAAUGAUGAGCGCUACAGUGGUGCCUGGACUAAGAAUUUCGAGUUUCUCAGGACUACGUGCUGCUAAUCAUUUGGAUACUAGGUUGAGACCUGGACAAGAUUUUCUUUCAAAGGUGUCAAUUGCAAUUUCUUCAAGGCGAGCAAGGGCCAGCAGAUGUGUACCUAAGGCCAUGUUUGAGCGUUUCACAGAGAAAGCUAUUAAAGUAAUUAUGCUGGCACAAGAGGAAGCAAGACGGCUUGGUCACAAUUUUGUUGGAACUGAGCAGAUUCUGUUGGGUCUCAUUGGUGAAGGCACUGGUAUUGCUGCUAAGGUUCUAAAGUCUAUGGGAAUCAACCUUAAAGAUGCACGUGUGGAAGUGGAGAAGAUAAUUGGAAGGGGCAGUGGAUUUGUUGCCGUUGAGAUUCCAUUCACUCCUCGGGCAAAGCGUGUUUUGGAACUCUCACUUGAGGAAGCCCGCCAACUUGGUCACAAUUAUAUUGGAUCUGAGCACUUGCUUUUGGGUCUCCUUCGUGAGGGUGAAGGUGUGGCAGCACGUGUUCUCGAGAACCUGGGUGCUGAUCCUACUAAUAUCCGCACGCAGGUUAUUCGCAUGGUUGGUGAGAGUGCAGACAGUGUAACUGCUACUGUUGGCCCUGGAAGCAGUAGCAACAAGAUGCCAACUCUGGAGGAGUAUGGUACCAAUUUGACCAAGUUGGCAGAGGAGGGAAAAUUGGACCCGGUUGUGGGAAGGCAGCCACAAAUUGAACGUGUCACUCAAAUUUUAGGUCGUCGUACUAAAAACAAUCCCUGUCUUAUUGGAGAACCUGGUGUGGGAAAGACAGCUAUUGCUGAGGGUCUUGCGCAGAGGAUUGCAAAUGGUGAUGUACCUGAAACCAUUGAAGGAAAGAAGGUUAUAACCCUUGACAUGGGUCUACUUGUAGCUGGCACUAAAUAUCGUGGGGAAUUUGAGGAGAGAUUAAAGAAAUUGAUGGAGGAAAUCAAACAAAGUGAUGAGAUAAUACUUUUUAUUGAUGAAGUACACACUCUAAUUGGAGCAGGAGCAGCUGAAGGAGCAAUUGAUGCUGCAAAUAUAUUGAAACCCGCCCUUGCAAGAGGUGAACUGCAGUGUAUUGGAGCCACAACAUUGGAUGAAUAUAGGAAACACAUUGAAAAAGAUCCAGCCUUGGAGAGGCGAUUCCAGCCAGUUAAAGUUCCAGAACCAACUGUUGAUGAAACCAUACAAAUAUUGAAAGGACUUAGAGAGCGUUAUGAGAUUCAUCAUAAGCUCCGUUAUACUGAUGAUGCCCUUGUAUCAGCUGCACAGCUGUCAUACCAGUAUAUCAGUGAUCGGUUUCUGCCUGACAAAGCCAUAGAUUUGAUUGAUGAAGCUGGUUCCCGUGUCCGGCUUCGACAUGCACAGUUACCUGAGGAGGCAAGAGAGCUGGACAAAGAGGUCAGACAAAUUGUGAAGGAGAAAGAAGAAGCUGUUCGCAACCAGGACUUUGAAAAGGCUGGAGAGUUACGAGAUAGAGAAAUGGAUCUUAAGGCCCAGAUAUCAGCACUUGUAGAGAAAGGCAAGGAGAUGAGCAAGGCAGAGAGUGAGGCAGGAGAUGAAGGUCCAGUUGUGACUGAAGUUGACAUCCAACACAUUGUAUCCUCCUGGACUGGUAUUCCUGUUGAGAAAGUCUCAACAGAUGAAUCUGAUCGCCUUCUCAAGAUGGAAGAGACCCUACACAAGCGAGUCAUUGGUCAGGAUGAAGCAGUGAAAGCCAUUAGUCGAGCAAUUCGCCGUGCUCGUGUUGGAUUGAAGAAUCCUAAUCGUCCCAUUGCCAGCUUCAUCUUUUCUGGUCCAACUGGUGUUGGGAAGUCUGAGUUGGCAAAAGCAUUGGCUGCAUACUACUUUGGCUCUGAAGAAGCAAUGAUUCGACUUGAUAUGAGUGAAUUUAUGGAACGGCACACUGUUUCCAAGCUUAUUGGUUCACCUCCCGGUUAUGUUGGUUACACUGAAGGUGGUCAGCUGACUGAGGCAGUUCGCCGUCGACCAUACACUGUUGUACUCUUUGAUGAGAUUGAGAAAGCUCACCCGGAUGUAUUCAAUAUGAUGCUUCAAAUUUUGGAAGAUGGAAGAUUGACAGACAGUAAGGGUAGAACCGUGGACUUCAAGAACACGCUUCUUAUAAUGACAUCAAAUGUUGGAAGCAGUGUGAUUGAGAAAGGAGGUCGCAGAAUAGGAUUUGACCUAGAUUAUGAUGAGAAGGAUAGCAGUUAUAAUCGCAUCAAGAGCUUGGUGACUGAGGAGCUAAAACAGUACUUUAGACCAGAGUUUUUGAAUAGGUUGGAUGAAAUGAUUGUUUUCAGGCAACUCACUAAACUCGAAGUGAAGGAGAUAGCAGACAUAAUGCUGAAGGAGGUCUUUGACAGACUGAAAACCAAAGACAUUGAGCUCCAAGUGACAGAAAGAUUUAGGGACAGAGUGGUUGAGGAAGGUUACAAUCCUAGCUAUGGAGCCAGGCCGUUAAGGAGAGCUAUAAUGCGGCUUUUGGAGGACAGCAUGGCUGAGAAGAUGCUUGCUAGAGAAAUUAAAGAAGGCGACUCUGUUAUAGUGGAUGUCGAUUCUGAUGGCAAUGUGAUUGUCCUUAAUGGUAGCAGUGGUGCCCCCGAGUCGUUACCUGAGGCUAUUCCCGUAUAAAUUGAAUGGGCUUUUUAAUGCUGCUUUUGCCGAGAUGUCUGUACUGUUUUAUAACCCUAGACAUAGUUUUAUUCAUCACUCAACAAAAAGCUAUUUUAUCUUCUUCUGGCUGUUUUAAGGUGUGUCUGACUUCUGAGCACAGCCAAUCAAGGAAAGCUUAAGGAAAGGAGCACUUGCAUGCCAUUAUUGGAGCUUGACUUGUAGUUUUCUUUUUCGUUUUUUGUUAGUCCUCUAGGUCUCGUUAAGUUAUUCUUGUAUUAAGAGUUAAUAUCAUGGUCAAAUUUUAA